AUGCAUAAUUCUCAGCUUCAAAAUGUUCAGCAGGAUGAAAGUUUGUCCUCAGUUUAUGGAGUAAAGUCUAAUUCAGUUUUAAAUGAGCUUGAAUAUUAUCAUAUAAUAUCAGGAAUGCCAUCAGACUUGGCACAUGAUCUUUUUGAGGGUGUGUUCAGAGUAAUUAAGUUGAAACGAACAAGCACAUUAGAAGAAACCCAAAGCAACAAUGGUAGAAUAUCACCCACUGACACACCUUCAACAUCAUCAGCUUUAACACCUUCAACAUCAUCAGCUUUAACAACUUCAACAUCAUCAGCUUUAACACCUUCAACAUCAUCAGCUGGCACACCUUCAACAUCAUCAGCUGGCACACCUUCAACAUCAUCAGCUGGCACACCUUCCACAUCAUCAGCUGGCAUCACUAGACCCCCAAGUCCAUUAACGCCUCUAUCAAGACCGACCAGCCCUGCAGUUAGCUCAUCGCCAAUCUCAAUUGUUAGAAAUGACAGAAAAAUCUGGCCAAGGAUUUAUUUUUUUCCCGUUCAAACAAUACCACAGGGCCUCAGACUAAAAUUGGAUAGCCAACAACCCCUUGAAAGAGUGGACAGAACCAGGCUGCUUGAUGUCAUCUACACAGAUGUAACGCAGUAUGAAAAUGGAUUGUAUCCGUCUCAAGAACUAUAUGAUCAAAUAGUUGAUGGUCUUUUGAGGCAGUAUCCAUAUCUAAUCAAAAUAAGUGGCGUACCCCUGCAAUCAGUCAGAGUUUAUUGGAAGGAAAAAUUGAAGUAUAAAUGGGGAAAUGAAAGGAAGUCCAGGGACAAACAUCUACCUGAGGUGCAGGCAAGAAAAAGAAAGAAGGAUACAGCACCAACUCCUGAAAACAUUUCUGGGGGGAAGGUAUACCUGACAUGGAGUAUGGCAAACUUUUUGCCUGCUCAACCUGAGUCUGAGGAUGACACGGCUAUAUCCCUACAUUGUGGCUGGCUCAAAAGAGAGUUUAUCAAGACAGACCAGAAUGAGGCUCUAAUCAAUUUGAAGAUGAACCUAACAUUUGCUGCCCGAAGAAAGGCAGUAGUUGAGGGAACUAUUUCAGCUGCUGAGCUUGUGGAUCAAUAUCCAUUUCUUAAAGAUAGGAGACAGAUACUUAUGGAAUUCACACGUUUAGGUCCAAAUGGAAAAGAUGACAGAUUGGAGGAUGUAUUCUAUGGUGGUUUGGACAAAUUUACAGGUCCGAUUGUUUCCCUUACUAAAUCCAAGAAACUCAUCCCACAAGUAAAAGAAGUUGUAGACCAAAUUGUUCUACUCAGAACAGAAGGGGAGAGAAAAUAUGCUAGCCAGUGUAUUGCAGUUACAAGUUGUGCCACCUUAUUUAAAGAGAAGAUUGAGAAAAUAUUGUUCUUUCCAGGACAGGAUUCAUCAGUUUCACCAAUUGCUUUGAUAGUCUGUGACAAACUUUUAACAAUGGACUCUAAUAGCUUUGAGCUUAAAAUUGAUAAUAACACUAUCUUUUCCUGUGACACAUUUAUUUAACUUAUCACAGGUUUCAUGGCUGCAAUUUAUUGCUUCAACCUUGCAUAUCCAAAACCAGUUUCUAAAACCUUAACCUUCUUUCAAAAUGUGUUUUUGAAUUUAAAUGAUGCAGGGAAAAUUGACAAAAAAAUUGUGUCUGUAGUCACAGAUUUGAACAGAGAAAGGCAGAAGAACAUGUAAUUGGUUCAUACUCGAGGUCAACUAGGUUAACAUGGUUAACUAGAAAAUUGAAUUUUGAUAUUUACAAUAAUGAUUUUCAUGGUUUACAAUAAAUUCUGCUUUUAAAUACAAGAUUUUUUUUAAAGCAAAUUAAAUCAAAUGACAAGGUAAAUUGUGUAUCUAUUUUGCCUGAAGCUUUUCGAAGAGGCAAGGUGUUAUACGCCUUUUGCCUAUUGAAAGUGGCACAGGAGGAGGAAAGUACACACAUGAGAGUUUUCAUUUUUUAUUUCUCUGUUGAUGUUAUGAUAAUGAAGUGCACUUACUAAACAGCAGAAAAUUAAGUAUUAAAAAAACAUGUGAAGGCUUCAUUAAUUUUCAAUGAGACAAAAGUGGUGUACAUACAUGUAUAUACCUUUGCUUUAAUUGUUGUACAAUUGAUUAUUGUCAUGAUAUUUUUUUUAAUUUGUUUGUUAAAACAUUUUAAUUAUUUACUGUAAUCAUUGUUCAAUUGUAAAUAUAUAUGCAUGUCUUUCAUAAGAAAUUAGAUUCUUUUUUGGAGAUA